CUGACCACAGUUUUAAAGUGGCAUUAAAUGCCCAAAGAGAGGCCAGGAUCAAAAUUGUUGAUGCGAAGAAAAAUGCCAUCAAUGCAAAGAAACUGGAAACCAUGGCCAGCACAAGUUAUCAAUAUGAGAUCACCACAAUUUCCAGCCAGGUGGACAGUUCAUCAGCACUAGUAACUCCCCUCGAACACCUGAAAGAUAAAACACGAGAAUCUUUAAAAGAAAGUAAUGCUUUAGCAUCAGAGCAAUCAUCAAACAGAGAUGGGCUAUGCACUAAUUGUAAGUGCCCUGGCCAUGAUAGUAUUACUUGUUUGCGGUUGAAAGAUUCGGGCCAAACACUUUCAUGGACAGUCAAAAUCAGAAAAUUGCCUCUAGGACUGGUACUGCUGGAUAGGAGACUGGCAUUCCUCUGCACUGAAGGUUGAUGCACCCCUACCUCGGAUGCAUCUACUUGGGUGAAGUAGUAAAGGUGGACCAAAGCCAUGCUUGACCUGAGGUCCAUACCUGAGAUGGACAACCUAGGGCGGGUUGUAGGACUGGAUACUCCAUUGCAGCAGCCGUGUGGGCACUGCACAGGACAUGAUGUGAAGGCUUAUAUCUCACCCUGGCAGAUUGAUUAUUCUCCAAGAGGCCAAUUAUUCCCUACAAGAACCCCAACCAGUCAUAUGCACAUAUUAGCCGCUCUCAUCAGCUGCCCUUGGCACCAUAAAGGGUUUUUUU